AUGUCCUGCAGCAGAGAUUUGCUGCGUCUACAGAUGUAUUUAGGGGGCCUCGUUGUGCCGUUCCCUCGUCGUCUCAGCAGUCUGCUGCAGCUCUCUGCAGCAGCAGCAGCAGCAGCAACUGCAGGAGGCGGGGCCUCUUGGAUGUCGCAGCAGCCAGCAUUAGCAGACAUGGGGGGACACACGGAGACAGUAGGGGACUCUGCGUCUGGGCUCGCUUCCCGAUAUCCAGGUGGUGCAGCACAGUGGCAGCAGCAGCAGCAGCAGCAGGGUAAGGGUGGUAAGAAUCAGGAAUCUGCUGCGGGGACAGGUCAUAAGAGUGAGGAUACUCGAGGUGUCUCCUCUAACGGCGGAUCAGCAUCAGGUGUCUCCUAUCUUGUUAGGCCUGUACAGACGAGUACGGUGUCUCUUAAGGUUGCUCAUGACAAGUAUAGGCCAGGUCUCCCCGCCUUCCAUGUGGAUGUAAUUCAGGAGAGUAUAGCUGUCUCCAUAUCGCAACACGACAUCGAAUUAGUCUCCAAUUUAGCAGCAGAAUCUCUUGAGAUAUUUUAUUCAUAUUCUCCCCGUCUUGAUGCUAUUUUCUUAGAUGCUGCACAGCAGCAAGCAGCAUUAGAUGCAUGCAUUCUGCAGCAAAUGGAGGCCAAAUGUGUGGAACUCGAGAAAGAGCAGCAGAGACAGCAACAGGAGCAGGAGCAACAGCAGCAGCAGCAGCAGGAGGAAGGACAGGAUCAAGGUCAUCAGCAGGGGCAGCAGCAGGGGCAGCAGCAGGGGCAGCAGCAGCAUGUGCAGCAGCAACAUCAUAAGGAAGGAGAUGUGGACGUCCGUAAAGCUUCGCACCCCGAAGAGGAGACAGUUGUCUCCUCGAUUGCUGCAGCAGGGGUAGAUCAUACAACAGCUCUUGUAGGGACACAGCUAGCCCUUAGCAGGGCGAGGGCACAGGAGGCCCUUGCUUAUGCAUCUAAUACAUUGGUAAAUAAUAAACAAGGAGACAUGUAUAUGGAGGUACAUUGUGUACUAGGAGGUCUCCGAUUGUCUCUUCUUCGUAGGGGCCCCACAGUUAGCUGCAAGGUUGGCUAUGCAAGAGGAGACCCAGCAGCAGCACAUCAACCCCCUGCAGCAGGAGACACAGAAGACAUAGAUUCAUACGUCCCUACUGCAGCAGGAGGUGCUGGUGCAUCUACUGCAGCAACAGUAGCAAGCGGAUUCCAAGGAAUGGCUGCUGCUGCUGCAGACCCUCCUCCACAAACCAGUGGUGGGGGGGGCCUCCGUGGCACCGGUCCAGGGCAGCAUCUGCAGAACCGUCGCCGGCGUUGGCACUUUGAGUCUCCUGUUGCUGCUGCAGGAGGGACAGGUGCUGCUGCAGGAGGGACAGGUGCUGCUGCAGCAGGAGGUGGGGGCUUCUUCAGUGGAUUUGCACAGGUUGCUGCAUCUGCAGUUGAAGGAUUAGCUGCGCAGCAGCGUGCUGCUUCUUUAAUAUCAGGGGAAGGGGGACAGGAGGGGACUACACAGGCAGUGUCUGUCUCCGGCGCUGCACGAGGGACAGCUCCCUCCUAUGGUGGUUGGCUCUCUGCCUGUCUCCCCUUAACAGAGUGCAGCACAGGGCAAGCUUACCGUCCUUACCAGACAGUUGGACCACUGGUCACGUUGCUGCUAGGGGAAUGCUUCAUAGAGGCAUUCACCUCUACAGAGGGUCUCCUCCAUGCACGUGUCUCCUUACAAGGAGCUGAGUUAAGAGACGAUACAAAUAUUGCCCCCUUGUGUCUCUCUUCUCUUUACUUAGGGUCUGGUGCCCUUGAUCAUCCACAGCAUGAGGCAGCAGGAGCAUCGCAGGAGGAGACAGUUGCUUCUCUUGUCUCUGCGGGGGACCGCAACAGUGACAGGGGAGACAGUCCAGGAACUGCAGCAGCAGCAGCAGCAGCGCCGUAUCAAGUAACAGGCAGCAGCCAGAAAGGUGCUAUGUAUGAAGUUAAACAAUCCGCACAAAGACUGCGGAGAGCUCGCACAGCCCUCCUCGUUACUGAGGCUAGGGCUGUUACUCCUUCUAGACAAGCGGAAACUGCUGAGCAGCAGCAGCAGCAGCAGCAGCAGCAGUAUGGUAGUGGUCGUAAGGAGAACAGAACGGGCGACGAUACCACUUUCCGUGGACGUGUUGCCGCGUCACCCCACAGCAGCAGCAGCAGCAGCAGCAGCAGCAGCAGUAUAGGUGUUGGUGGUGUUAGUGGUGGUGGCUGUUCCUUGUUACAGUGUUGUCCACGUCGUCCCCAUUUAGAAAUAAAUCUUCAUGGUAAUGCAUUAGAGGAGACAGUUGAUACACAAGUGUCUCUUUCUAAUACAAGAGUUGUAUUAGUAUGGGAGGUACUGUAUGAGGUAUUACAGGUAGUUAGUCAGCUAGCUGAGGAUAUGCCAACAUUUCAGCAGCCUCCUCCUCCUCUUGCUCCUCCUCCUCCUCCUGCAUGGAGUAUACCCCAACAGACAGCUAAUCAACAACAACAGCAGCAGCAACAGAAUCCUCAGCAGCAACAACAACAGCAGCAACAGAAACUGGAGGAACAGCUGGAGGCCGUCGUCCAGAGGCUGCUGCAGGCAAGGAAGAGAUCCUUCUCUCUGCAGAGGCCAAGCAGGAAUCCAAGUGUAGCAACAACAGACAGUCGAUGGUUUAGUCUUGGGGGAGGAGACGAUCCCAAGGACUCAGGGACAUUUGCCUUAUUCUCUACUCCUAAUUAUUCAUGGGUACAGCAGCAGACAUCAAUGCAGCAGCAACAGCCAGGGUCUCCUGAACUAAGAGCAGCAGUAGCAGCAGAAGCAGAUGCAGCAGCAGAUGCAGCAGCAGCAGACUUCGCUGCUCCUUCCAUGUCUCCUCAUCAUUUAGGCGAAUUCCCUUUGCGAUGUUCAACCCGUUUCUCCAUUGAUGCCGGCUCUUCAGGAGAGCAGCAGCACGAGCAGCAGCAGCAGCAGCAGCAGCAUGUUGACAGUGAAGGAGAAGGGGUAGCUCCUCCUGGUUCUUUACCCUUGUGGGCACCAACGGGAGAGAGCGUCAAUGCCUCUAGUUUUAUUGAUUCUUGCCGUUUGCGUCGUGCAAUAGAGGCAACACAGUUAAAGGAGACAGCUAUAAAGGAGACAGGUUAUAAUAAGGAGACAGUUGAUAAUAAGGGUACAAGUGUUGGUAUAACAAGUAUACAUGAUCGUAAUAAUAGAGACAGACAAAGGAGUCCCUUAACAGGGGUAAAUGAGAGGAGACAGCGUCAUAGAGGACAUAGUAUAAAUAAAGGGUCUCUUAUCCUAUCCCAUCUACGUCAGGCCUCUCGUUGGUGUCUCCCUGUCUCCGCAUUCGCUGAAGGAGAGAGUAUAAAAGCUGUUGGAUUCGCUGCAGGGACUGAGGCAUUUAAUUAUUGUAGGGGUCUCCCACAAUUCCAUUUUCGUCUCCGCAUGCAUCACGCAGAGAUAUGGCUACCAACAGAGCCUGUAAGAAUGCCUAUAGAUCAGCAUGUUGAUGUACAGCCAUCUCUUAGUAGACGUAGUGCUACUACUGCAGCACUCUCUGCUUCUUCCCAUAACGAACGUAGGAGACAGCAACAGCAACAGCAGCAGCAACAGCAGCAGCAACAACAACAACAACAUCAGCAACAACACCACCAGCAACAUCAGCAACAACAUCAUGGGGACACAGGAGAGGGAGAUGGGUCUAAGGGAGGUAGUGCAAGUGGUGGUGGGGCCCCUUCUGGGGGCCUCACUGCUGCACCUACUGGGGCCUUCGGUAGGAGAGGGAGGAAUCUGCUUAAUAAGCUCAGGUUUGAUCAUAUCCUCUCUGCAGAGAGCAAGGGGGGACCCCCUACGGAGACAGGGACUGUAGCAGGAUCCGGGGGAGGGAAGCGCCGCAAGGGAGGAGAUGCACAGCAGCAGCAGCUGCUCCAUCAUCUUGUACCUGAUGGGAUAGCUGCAGCAGUCCCUGGGAUCGUCUCUGGUCUGGCAUUUGCUGCUGCAGGUGUCUCCAGCGCUACUGCAAAAGGGCGCAGGGCGAUACUGGGGGCAGGACGCAGCAGUGCGGCACUGCAGCAGCAGCAACAGCAGCAGCUUUUGUACUGCAGCAGCUCCAUGCCAUCAGGAAAGAGAUACUUCGUCCGUCCCCUUAAGGCAUCUGCUGUUGACUACUGGAGGGGACUACGGAGGUUGGUGCUGCGGAGAGACAGAGCAACACCUGAGGGGACAGCAGCAAUUGCUGCAUGCGCUGCUCGUGUCCCUAAGCUUAUAGCUGUCUCCGCAGGUUUCGAGGCAUCCUUCUCGAUGCUGUCGCUGCAGCAGCGGCAGCAGCAGCAGGAAGCGGAGGGAGGAGACGACAAGUCUCCUGAGGAUACCAUAGCAGAGCUUGCUGGUGUAAGGGAAUUGGAUAGCAGCAGGGCCUUCCUCUUGCAGAGCCUGUCUCCUUAUUGUCCCUGUCUCUUUAGAGUAGGGUUGACUGUCUCCAGUUUGUGUGCUGUGGCUACACAACCAGAACUAGUGUCUCCUUUGCUCCCUUGUGUAGUAGCGUGGGAGCCGCUGCGGCUAGGGAGUCCCCUCCUGUCUCCUAUGAGGACACAGCUACAUAUAACUGUGUGUCUCCCUUCUGCUAAUGCGUUAAAGGAGAGGAUAUGUGGUAUAUGUCCGGAGACAUCUGCUGCUAUAAGGAGACGAUAUGGGCUGCUGCAGGGAAUGGAGCCAGAAGGACUGUCUCUCCGUUUAGGUAUAGAGCCUGUCUUCUUAACACUAGAUACCCUCUCUGUUGUUCUUUCCUAUCAGCUCCUAUCUAUAGCAGGGGCCCUUGCUCAGGAGACAGCUCGUCUCUUCCCUUCUCCUCCUCCUGAUCCAAGGGCGAAUGCAGCCGAUGUCUCCGACACCAAUACAAGCAACCCCAAGUCUCUUACUGCUGUUACCAAUGCACUGCAGCACAGGCAGCAUCCAGCAGCAGCUGCAGCAGGAAUUGGCCCCAUGUCUUAUGAUCCAUACGCCGGUUCUGCUGCUGGAUAUACGCAUGCAGAGGAAGAGCCUACAGGCAGCUCACGGGGUGUAGGCCAUGGGGGUCUUAAUCCUGUAUUGGAGAGUUUUAUUGCUGAGCAGCAGCAGGAGCAGCAGCAGCAGCGCCGGAUAUCCUCAGGAAGGGAUGGUGUCUCCCCUUUGUUAUUAUCUCCUGCACCUGAUGGUGGAGGAGAGAGGAGCUGGGGGGCCUCCCCAUGGGGCCCCAUACCUGAGGAGGAGACAACGGAGACAGCUUGUGUAUUAACAACAGAAGAGGCUCUCGCAGGUUUGCUGCAUACAACAGCAAUGGCUGUUGAGGUGUCUGCUGAGCUUAUUAGGGUGUCGCUAUGGGACACCUUUAGUGUUAGUAGGAAGUGCUGCUUCUCUAUUACUGUAGAGGAUGUAGAGAUAAAGGGGGCCUCUCGCCCCCGUUGCUCGGAGACGAUCCCACUCGAUCCCAGUACAACUACCCUCUCUGCAUGCGCAGAUCCAUUCCUUAAGGCUUGCUGCUCUAUGCUGCAGCACCAAGAGCUGUCAGCUCGUCACCAGAAACUACGCCGCAGGUUUAUACAUAUUCAGGCCCCUAUCAAGAGGAGAGACAGCAAGAGCAGCACAUCGCAGCAGCAGCAGCAGCUGGUGAUGCUGCAACACGCGGAGACAGCAACAGGCACAAGGAUGAAUCACCUCCAGACCUCCCCCUCAUUCUCUAGUCGAGACUCUGAUGAUGAUGGUCUCCCUAGUGUCUCCGCAGCGCAUGCAGGGGGGUUUGCCAAGAGUCCCUUACAAGCAAAGGACUCCGUGGUGUCUCUUCUAUCUAGCAGGAAGGAGAGACGCAAGAGCAGGAGACAGCAGUUUCAGCAGUUAUUGGAGCAGCAGCAGCAGCUGCAGCAACAGCACCAGCAGAUGCAGCAGCAGCAACAGGGGCAGCAGGGGCAGCCACUGCAAGAACGUCUAGGCUCGCGGUCUUUAUCUCGGGGGUUAAGGAACAUGGCGUCUGCUUCUCUUGUGCGGCGGCAUGUGGAUAAAGAAGCAGAGAAAGAACGUGAUAGGGAGAGAGACAGAGAGACAUAUAGAGACAGAGCAUGCAGCGGGCCCCAACUCCUUAGUGCUAAUGACCGCAUGCAAACAAGCGAGACACUACAAGGUCUUCCUUUUACAGAGGAGAGAAGAGAGGCAACAUCUAGCGACAUAGCGUCUGCGUGGUCCACUGGAGACAUUUUCUGGCGUCUAUGGAGAGACUUCGAGGAGCAGCAGGAGAAGCAGCAGCAGCAGCGACCGUUGCCAGCCCAUACCAACGCGCAGCUGCAGCAAGGGGAUGGAGGACAUGGAUUCAUGCCUGUACUACCGACGGAUGCAGGCGGUCCCUCUCCGUUAUUAUCAGCAGGUGCUGGGCAGCAGCCUCAGUUUCUGGGACAACUGCUACAACAGCAGCUGCAGCAGCAGCAACAGCAACCAAUGCUGGUAACAAAGCAUAGAAGUGCUAAGGUGUCUAGGCAUGCACAGCGUCAAGGCAGCCAAAUGCCCCACAGACGGAGAGGCUCAUACUUCCGUCUCCCUAAGUCUUUCCGCCGUUGGGUAGUAUCUCAAUAUAGAGGGCCGGGUACAGGCAAUGGGCCCCCUCCUCCCCCUCCAAUGGGUGUGGGGGGCCCUAUGGGGCCCCAUAACGACUAUUUGGGUGGGGGCCCCUUUGGACCAGAGGUUGCAACAGGGGAGAGGCUACGACGUCUUAUGCUAGCAUCUGAACCAUGGGCUAGUAUGGAUAUGAAUUUUACUGUCUCUGCUGAGCAUUUAAAUAGACUAGAGGGGACAACAGAUGCAACUGUUGAGCCAUGGAGAUUGGAGACAGUUGGACGUAAGGCCUCAUUGGCUGAGCCUACACUUCUUGAUCUAAGAGCAUCAUGGCUUAAUCUUAAUUUUAAUGUUGCUCUUGCUGAUGCUCUUCUUGUUUAUGGUUAUGCCCUUAUUGGUGUUGUUGUAAGACAGAGGGCUCUCCUCCAUCUUAAUAGCCGCAGAUUAGGACCCAAGACCGUGGGGGCCCUUGGGGGCCCCGGUGGGGGAGGGGCCAAUAGAGAUAUCUGCGGACAAACAGUUUAUGGGGGGACAUUAAAGAGACCCGAGUCCUUGGAGACACGCAGCGCUCGUCUUGCUGCUGCUGCUGCACCCACGGAGUUAGGGGCGCAAUCGGAGCUGCGGUCUCAACAUCCUCAGCAGCAGGGAGUGUGCUGUUCUGGGGAGGAGAGCGAGGCUUCGCAUGCACUUGCUGCUGCUGCUGCCGCAGCAGAAGUACCUGGUUAUUAUGCUGUAUUGCGCCCUGAUGGGACAGUUGUAGGGAGCAGCGGCUUUGAUCUUUUUGCCCCCCUUGAGGAUGCACUGUCUCUUGAGCUGUUAGGAGACCAUUUGCUGCAGCGAUCCUCUGUGCAUAUGUCUCCUUGUGCUGAGUUUGCUGGGGACCAGCUUAAGGAGGCGCAGCAGCAGCAGCAGCAGCAUGCAACGCCUACUCCUCCUGUUGUUGCAGAUGAAGCAACAGAUAAGGAGACGGGAAGACCUGCUGCCCUUACACACCCUCAGCAGCAGCAGCAGCACCCUUCGCAUACAUCUGCUGCUGCAUCGCAACCAGACGGCAGCAGUCCUGCAGCAGAGACCACCAACAGAGACCAAGCCAGCAGCAAUCCUAUGCUGUAUAAUCUACUAGGACAGCCUAUAGCCAUUAUGACAGAUCUGCACUGUGAGGAGGGGGCAGAUGUAUUAAGUGGCAACUGGACAGUCUUAAGAGACCAAGGAAGCUUUUGUUUGCCUGUUGAUGAGAACGGCCGAGUGUCUCCUUUUAUAGUUAUGAUGGUUUCCGUGGAGGUGGUGGUAAUGGUGGGGGCCCCAGGGGCCCCUCAAGGGCUGGGGGAGCCCUACACAGGGGCCCCCUUGCGUCAAGUGCUUUUAAACGAUUUCGACGUAGAGGGUGAUGAGAGGACAUCUGUAUUUGCUGCAUUUAGGCGAAAGUUUGCUGUGCAGCCAUCAAGACCUCCUACAACGUCCAUGCCUCCUUUCUUGCGGGGACUAGAGGCUUUAAAACACCAAGAAAGAAGAAGCAAAAGGAGACAGCAGAUGCACGAACAUUCGCAGCAGCAGCAGCAGCAGCAGCUAAGAACAUUCCCUCCUGUUCUAAAACUGCCCGCUAUGGAGCACUAUAUCAUUGAGGACCCCACUAGUACAGAUAUUGGUCGUAAGUUCUCCAUGGUCGCAGACUGUCCUGAUGACGACGACGAUGCAGCAGCAGCAGCAACAGCAGCAACAGCAACAAGUGCUACCUCAACUGCAACAACAGCACAGCCAGCAACCACCUCCGCAUCCAGUGCUCCUGCAGGCAGCACCGCACAAACACCAGGCAGGGUUAAAUUCGCUGUUGAGGGUCUUAUUCAGCAGCGGCAGCUUCAUCUGCAGCAGCAGCUGCAGCAGCAGCAGCUCCAGCAGCUGCUGCAGAGCCAAGUCCAUAGAGACAAGGCCUCGAGGUCGAAAGAAUCGCUCCGUUCAGAUAGUCUCCUCAACCUCCAGGGGGUGAACGUCGCCUCUGACGUUUCGUCGACCCAACCGGUAGCAGAUGCAGCAGCAGCAGCACCAGCAGGAGCAGGAGGCAGAGAGGCGGAGGAGGGCGUAGGCGAGGGCGCUUGGGGAUGCAGCGAUGCAUCGCUUGUAAUAGGAGACGAGAAGGAGAGGGGAUCCCCAGGGGCACCCGCCUUAAAAGGGGCCAUCCCCGGUAAGAGCCCUCGCUCUCCCCGUGAAGAUGACCGUUUGCUGCAGCCGUUGGAUGCGAAGGAGCAGCGUCGAUCCCAACGCCGCCGUAGCCGCGGACAGCACCGGGAUCCUCGGGAUCGAGUGGGGUCUCAUUCUCCUGGGAAGAGGAGACGAUCCCGAUCCCGUGAGCGUCAACAAGAAAAAGUUCCUCUUACACUUGGUGUUGAUUAUUUAGUCCUUGAUGGACGUGACCGUCAGCUCCUGCCUCUCCCCCUCUUCUGGCAACUUACGGAUAAUACCCCUCUAUGGUGUUGUCUUGCUGAUCGUAUUCCUAAGUAUAAACAUAAACUUAGAAAGUUCGUUCUUAACCCCAAAAAUGCAGACUUCCUAGCAGAGGAAAAGUCCCAAAGGGCAUUUACCGGUUCUUUGUUAGCGAAGUAUAGAAAUAAACGCUCUUGUCUCCCCCCUAAACAGAUCCAUAUUGGAGAUGGCGUCGCCCUCUCUGCCUCAGUUGUAGGCGUCGCUCUUCGAUCCAAUGGCAUGAGCCGAUCGAACUUUGAAGGUCUCUUCUUUGAGAUAGUCUUAGAGCACUGUCUCUGCGUCUGCAACCGUCUCCCUCGGCCUAUUACGCUGCGUUUUAAUCAGCGGGAUUGCGGCGGCACUGCAUUGCAGCAGCAGCAGCAACAGCAGCAGCAGAUGCUUACAUUCGACUCCUUUAUUCCUCCUCCACCCACAGAGAUGCAGAUAGAAGCAGGAGAAGAGGUGUCUCUUCCUGCUGACCCUUCGCAUAUCUCCGUUUGUUUCGGUCCCCGUGUAUCCCGGCCUAUAGAUGUAGACUUCAUUAGCGCAGGGACGAGUGUGCAGCGCGUAGUGAUGCAGAACUGUACGGAAGAUACUUCUUCCCGCAGCGGUAAUCGGCUGAGCCCUCAGGCGACGGAGCGAUCUGCCUCUUUCUCUGGGGACGAGGAGGACGGGGACAGAUUGGAGGAGGCGGAGGUUUUAGACAACAGCGCCAGUGGAUGGGGAGCUGCAAAGACACUUGAUCAGGAGUCCCUUCAUGAGCCUGCUGCUCUUCUCCUAUGGGCAGAGACAACUGACCACAAGGGAGGCAGCAAAGCAGCAAACUCAGCAACAGCACAGCGACUCUUCCAUGGCACCUUCGUCAGGACUCUUACCAUCUUCGCCGACUUCUGGGUGGUGAAUAGGACAGGUUAUGUCCUAUUAUUACGCCGUCAUGGCAAUGGCAGUCUACAGUCUUUGCCUCCAUUUCAACGAGUUGUCUUAUCUCAUGAUUUUGGUGCAUCUCGUUUAGCUGUUGGUCUUCCUGCGUCUCAAUUUAAUUUUGUUAAAGGAUUUGAUUUAUAUGCAAAAAAGGAACCAUCGGGGCUUCGUAGAUGUCUGCAUGCAGCAUUCUCUUCUCGACAAGACACAGCAGCAUGGUCAUCAGAAUUCCUUCUAAGUGAUAUGGGGGCUUAUCAGAUACAAUUAGAUCGUACAGAGGCUAAUCCUUUGCUGCAUUAUUCUGUCUCUAUGGGUAUUGCUCCUGCACCUUUCUCUCGUACUACUGUUGUUGAAAUAUUACCUGCAUACGUUCUUGUUAAUGAGACGCAUAAGCCUUUGUGGGUAUGCGAGGCCCCUGGGGGCCCCGAUGCACGCUGCCAUCUGUUAGAGCCGGGGGCCCUUAUUGAGUUCCAUCCACAAGGAAAGAGGCCUGUCUCCAUCCUUAUUACGGCUAUCCCUCAGAAGGGGCUCGUAAGGAGACACGCCAAGUGUAUUGUCUCCUGGGACAGUUCGCAGCCGGAUAACAACAACGACCCAGCAGCUACAAACAACCAGACCACCCUUCAGCCGCAGCAGCAGCAAUCGCAGCAACUGCAACAACAUCUGCAACUGCAACAGCAACUGCAGCAGCAACAGCAGCAGCAGCUUAUGUUCGGGGGUGCUCCCAGUGAGCACUCGGACAUAUCCAGAAGAAGUCUUCCGUUGUCUGUAGACAAUACCAACAGACUUGGGGCACCUCCUAUGUCCUUCAGUCCCCUCCCGGUGGGCCUGCAGCAGCAACCGCAGCAGCAGGUACUGCAGCAGCAGCUCCUGCAGCAUCAGCUGCAGCAGCAGCAGCAGCUGCAGCAACGGCCAUUGGAUGGAUUUGGCGUAGGAGACGGCCUGACAUCCUCUGAGGGAAGUAGGAAGGUGUCUCUACAGUUGGGUUGUGGGGACGGGCUGGGGGGUCCCUUGGGCUCCUCAGCCCCUCCCUCUGCUGUACAGUCUCCUAGGGGCCCUGUCCCCCAGUUUGCCCCUGCUUCUUCUUCCCGUGGGUUAGGUAAUUCAUGGCAGCUAGCAGAAGAAGACAACAGCAACGAGUCUUCUGUAGGGAUUGUCUGGUCGGGGCCUGUGGAUAUAGACAGUGCCCGUCUUGUUCAGGUGCGGCAUCCACAGGAGGUAAAGCCACAAGAACCUGUAGGAGCAGCAACAGCAGCAGGAGGUCCGCUAGCAGCAGCAGCUGCUGUUCCUCCUUUAGGACUUCCUGGUGCUGUACCUCUCGGGAGGCCACCGGUGAGGGGAAGCAGCGGUCCGGGUAGCAGCAGCAGCAGCACCAGCUCCUUCUGUCUAACAGAAGUAGAAGUUUGUCUGUAUUCUGGUGCCAAGUUUGUCCGUCUUAGAGAUCCUCCUAUCCCUGAUUUUGUUCUUAUUAAUAAAACUUCUUUCCCUCUGUUUGUUGGCCAACAUGGUGUUGCUGCCCAUGAGGUCCUAAUGCCUGUCCCAAGGCAAUACCUCAAGAAGAGUUAUGAAUUCCUAGGGAGGUACGGGCUCCCAUUUGCCUUCUAUGACCCAACAAAGGAGAAGAAGCUUGAAGUAUGGCGAACUCUUGCGGGACCGUCGACAACGGGGUCGCCUAUGAGAGCCUCGCUGCAGCUAUAUUCAGCGGCUGCAGCUGCGGCUGCCCCUGAGGAGAUGGUUACGAAGGUAGAUGGGGCGACUCUGCGCCGUAUACGGAGGGAAUAUGCGGAGAGUAUUAGUCUGAAGACAUCACAAGGGCAGCAAGGUUUAAUUCGUCUUGUGCUGCAGAGCAGCUCGGCUCCUACAGUGGCGGGGGGACCUCCUGGACCAGUGGACCGUGUGGUGGUGUGUGUACGGAGGCCAGUGGUCAAAGGGAGUACGUACUUGGUGUUUUUCGAGGCAACGACGCGCGCCUCUCCAGAGCUAGUGAGGGGCCACACACGGGGCCUCCUUGGAGGUGUGGGGAGAGUCAUAGAACAAAUGCCAUGGGCGGAGAAACCUGAGCAAUUCAUAGCAAUGGGGGCAGAGGGUGCUUGGCGUCUUGCGGAGACAGGCGCAACGCAACUAGAGAAAUAUCUUCCCUGGCCAGGCAACGAGCCCUCUCAUUCUCCCUUAAAAAUCACCAAUAAUAAUAAUAGCUUGAAUCCAGGUGCAGCAGCAUUGGCUGCUCCUCUUGCUGCUGUUGGGCCUCCAAGCAGCAGCCUUCCGUCACGGAACUCAUCCGCAGUUGACAGCAAGUCUGCUGCUGGUGUCCCUGUGGAGCCAUUAGUUGAUUUGGCCUCUAUGGCGAAUGGCGGGCCCCCGCGGGGGCCCCUGGACCCUCCUUGCAGCCUGCGUAGCCCGCGGAGUAAGCAGGACGAGUGGGGUAUGGGUUAUGCUGAUGAUCGACAGAGGAUGGCAGGAUGCCGCACAAAGGAGACAAAGACAGGGGGAGGAGGCUUCUCCCUGUCUCCUAAGAAGAGACACUGGAGACUGGGGGGACGAUCUAUGGGUUUGGGUCAGGGAAUGUUAAAUGAUGGAGGAGAAGGCUGUGGUGGGGAGAGUGAUGAGGAGGAGACAGAACGUGUCCCUUUGUUUAGUACGGAGUUAAGUUUAAAUUUAGUGUUAGUUGGUGCAGGAUUGUCUCUUAUUGACAGCAAACCUGCAGAGAUAUUUUAUGGAUCUGUUGAAUUGCUGCAGUUGGCAUUUAAUUCUUCACAAGAAGGAGAAAAAUUGCGCGUUAGUGUUCGUUGGGUACAAAUAGAUAAUCAUGCCCCUCUUGCUUAUUACCCAACAAUGCUGCGGCCUAUUACAGAUAUGCAGGCGAAUUUAAGGGAAGGAGACACCUCUCGCAAGCCCUCUGCAGCAGGAGGAGGAGGAGGAGCAGCAGCAGCAGGAGGAGAUGCAGAAGGGACAGGAGACAGUUCUGGUCAUAAUGCACGUCUCUCAGCAGGACAUGGACAGCACAGCCCUCAAGGGCCUUAUGGCCAGCACGGGGAGACACCCUCACAGCACCAUGGUCCCCUGUCUCCUCGCAUGGGGGGAAGGAGAAACGCGGUGGUCGACCUAAGGAAUAACCAGCCGGCAGAUGGCGAAGAACGCGAUGGAGGGGACGCAGACGUUGAUGCGGGCCCCCGUGGAGGAUUCCCAGGCAGCAACCCCAUGGGUCCCCUUGGCGCCGCCCAUGGGCCCUUUGGGGGCCCCCAUGCUCCUUUUGGAGGUCCCCAGGGUCGUCGUGGUCCCCAUCGACUGGGUGCAAUUGCUGCUGCACAGAACCAAGACCCUUCCCUGGCUCCUCUCCCUCUGCAGGAAGCGGAGGAAGCCGAGGGUUUGCAUGCAGACACCGAUGGCCUUCAACUACUUGGAGAAGAAGAGGCAGUGGCACAGUUAGUGCUACAGAGGCGUAACACUAUAGAUGGUAGAGGUCUUACAGUUAUACCUCAGUGUGUCUUACGUCUUGCGCCUAUGUCUGUUAAUAUUGACUUUCAACUGGCCUUCGCUCUCCUCCUAUUUGUUGAUGAUCUCCUACAAACUGCUGACUUCGAUCUCCUACAACAAAGUGUUAAAGAUAUACGCACCUCAGAGACAGACCCUACUAGCCCCAGCUGGAGAGCUAUGCUAGGUCCAGCUGAGGGAGCCCUCUCCGAGGUGAUUCGUGGUAGUGGUGGUGAUGGUGCAGGGAAGGUAUAUUUGGGUACUCUUGACGUUGGUCGUGUGGUAUUAGUAAUAAAUAUACGUAAUAAGAGGCAAGGAGGAGAAGAGGAGGAGCAACCUCAUAGCGAGUUAAUACGUGGUGUAUUAGCUAUAAUGAAGAGUAGUCCUUAUAUAAGUGAUGCUAAUCUUGUCUUUGCCCCUGAGGAAUUACGCCGUGGUUUAGCAUUAUGGGGUACUCCUGGCUUUGCCUGCAUAUCCUUUGGUCGUGGUUUAACACGUUGCGGCAUGGGAUUUAUUGGCGGUCUCCUCGACUCUUCCGGUCGUCUCUUUGGCUCGUGGUUCCAAUGCUUUGAGGCAUUAGCUAGAAAUGCCGAUGUAUUCUCUGUAUUACCAUUCGCACAAGGUCAAGGAGGAGGAAUUGCUGAUCAACCAGGCAGCAUCGCUGAAGGACUUGUGAGCGGCGGCAAGGGUUUUGCAUUUACAUUUGCCUUAUCAUUAGCGAAUUUUUGUGGUAAACCAUUUAAAGCAAUGCAAAUGUAUUUAUCGCAGCCAUCAGUAACAACAAAAACAGAUAAAUUAUUAGCAGGCAGCAAAGGGCUUGCUAUUGGUGCUGCAUCGGGCCUUGGAUCCUUAUGCUUUGGUGUACCUUCUUCCCUCCUCCUUCUUCUCUCCUCGUCAUGUGUUGGAGCCCUUAAUCAAAUACAAGCUGUACCCAUGCUUGAAUCCGUGCGCCCCCGUCGUGUCUUUUGUAUUGGUAGUUGGCGUCCUGAUAGUUAUAGCUUUGCCUUAGCUAUAACCCAAAGUUCGAUCCCCCGAUCCCCACGAUCCCCUCCUGCUCAGCUGCUGCUAACAAUACCGGUGUCUAGACACCGUGAGGAGGGGGAUGGUAUGGUGCCUGCAUGGGCAGGAGCGCCGCUGCACCAGCUGCAGUCUUGGCAGCAGCAGCGCAACGCAGCGCAGCAAGGAGGGGGCCCCAGACGCCGCCGCAUGCAGUUGUGUCUUGCCGUUGGUCUUCGUAAGUUGGGGCUGCUUGAAGGUAAACAUGUGCUGUGGAGUUGCUAUAGAGGAGAGGUAGUAGAGCUUAGGGUUGUAAGAGAAUACAGCAGCAGCAGCAGCGCCAACAGCAACAGCAGCAGCAGCAACAUACACUGCAACUUCUUCCUUAGAGUUCUUCAUUAUAGGAACAGAGGCAAUAGACCGCCGCCUGAUGAUGGGCUAACAAGACAGACUCGCGAAGGACUUCGACAAAGAGCAGAACUCGGGGAUGCGGAUGUGCAGCUGCCGGCAACAGCCAGCUCUACCUCGAGUACGAGCUUCCCCAGCAGCACGACCAGCAGCACGAGCAGCAGCAGCAGCAGCAGUAGCAGCAGCACAUACUCCGACGAAGAAGGGGAAGAGGAACUCUACGACGAGUUUUCUGAGAGUAGUUCUUCUUACCUGUCAGGUGGCGUAGAAAGACGCCCUUCUGCGGAUCCGGAAGCAGCAGCAGCAGCUUCGCCAGCAGCGGGAGGAGCUGCUGCUCCCGUAGUAAGAACAGCAACAAAGGGAGGCCAAAUCGAUGGCCUCCGUACAGGCAAGAGCAACGUCUCUAAGCCUACAAGAACUAUAUCAACUCUUGCUGCCUUCAUAAGGGGUUCCCGUCUCCCUAGAUCCUCUAUUAAGGAGAAUAUUGAACUGCAGCAGCUCCAGCAGCAGCAGCAGCAGCAGCAGCGUUGGGUUUCGUCUCCUGAUUCUGCUGCACCGCAGGACGAAGUUGAUUCUGGGCCGGUUUCUCAGUCGCGACAACAGCUACAGCUGCAUCAGCAGAGGCAGCAGCAGCGGAGUGCAUGGCAGGUAUUAAAAAAGACAAAGGUAGGGGGGUGGUUAUUAGGAGGAGGAGGCAGUGAAGAAGAUGAUGUAUUUAAACAAACUUUUGUCUCCCGAUGGAUUGAAUUCCCCACAGAGACAGCCGCCCUUCAGGCCUUUGAUGUCUUAGCCCAACUCUUAGAUAGUCCACCAGGACAAGGGCUUGCAGAGGGGACUCGUUGCCCCCUUGCAUAA